ACAGGGACAUAUAAAAGGGGACGGAGGGAGUAUCUCAAACAUUCAGAUCAAUCAAACCCCACACCACCACCACCCCACAUUCUGAUCAUUCAAUACCUAUUUUCACUGUUCUUUUCUACACUUAAAUAGAUCCUUGUAUCCUUGUGUGUGUAUUUCGGAGUGCUGUGAUGUGAGUGUUGGCUUGAAUUGGGGCUGGGUUUAAUUAAGGGUUUGUGAGGAUGGAUGUUGGGUUUGUUUAAGGCCGUGAAAUCGAAGAGAGGGAGCGGAGUUGAGUAGAAGAGGUGAGGUCGGUGUAAGGCUGUGUGGUGGAGGGACUGCCGCCAUGAGAGACAGCAAGGGGAUGCCUCGUGGAGGGUCGUGGGUAAAGAAAGAGGGAGUGAAGGGGUUGGACGUUUGACGAGAAAAAGAGCGAUGGUGGUCUGGUGGUUGUAGCACGGCAACAGCCGCGUCUGUGCGGCCAAGAGGUGACUGUCGCCCAAGGUUGGCUGUGAAGGUGACUCGCGACGGAAGAAUAAGGGAAGGGUUGAGGUCGGCUGGUUGAAGUUCGAGCGGGGUUGUCGGAUGUUGCAGUGGGUUGGGGUUUCUUGGUGGCUGAUGGUGUAAAACAGGUGGUCAUCGUACUCUUCGCGGUAGUGGCUGAGGGCUCCGGCGUCGACAGUUCCAUGAUCAGUAUAUGAUCGGUUUCAAAAUAGAAGGCGUAAAUUGUGCCUCUUGAUUGAGGGCGUUAAUUGUGCCUCAUGAUUGAGGGCGUAAAUUGUGCCUCCUCAUUGAGGAUUUUAAUUGUGCCUUGUCUUAAUUUAGGGCGUUAAUAUUUUCUGAUUAUACUCUAAUUAAGAGUUUAAUUGUCUCAAUUAUGAAUUAUCAUAAUUUUGUGAAUAUUUGAUUAACACAUGCAUAUACACGUGAUUUUAUUAUUGGAUAUAUUUUUUAUAUAAUAUAUAUAAUCUGUUAUAUAUAUCAAUUAAUAUUAUUCUUGUUUCCUUUGUUUUAUUUUCAGGAUUCUUAGAAGAAGACGGGUUUUUCUUUUCGGAUAUUAAAGUUUUAUUGUCUAAAUUUCCCCGGUCAUCUUGCAUGUCCGACGGUUAGAUAAUAAGCUUUUUUGAAUGAUAGAAUUAUCACGGUGAAUUGCCGAUUCUUAUUUGUGAGAUUUAUUCUUAUUUUCAAAAAAAAAAAAAAUUAUGGAGCCAACACCCAAUUUACAAGUGAGGAUUACAAGCUCAUCAAAUGAUGAAGAGUGGAUUCAUUUAAUUGAUAGUAAGCUAAGUCUAGUAAGGAGGAACCAACAGGAUUUGGGUAUUUGUAGAGUUCCUGAUGUACUCAGAGCAGAAGAACCACGAGCCUACACCCCUAAGAUGGUAUCCAUUGGUCCUUAUCAUCGAAACAAACCUGAGUUGCGAGCUAUGGAGGAGUUUAAAUGGAGAUACACGUCAGAUUUUAUUGAUCAACUAGCAGAAACAGAUACGGGGAACAUUCAAAUCAAUGAGUCACAUGGUGAGUCUAUUGAAAACUCACCUCAAACAUUGGCUUUGAAAAAGUGUUGCAAAGUUAUAUCAGAACUGGAAGUGGAGGCUCGCGCAUUCUAUGCUGAAGAUAUCAAUCUAGACACGUAUCAGCUAGUGCAGAUGUUCCUACUUGAUGCUUGUUUUAUACUUGAAUACAUGAGAAGAAUUCAACUUACAAGAGAAAUAAAACGUUCAAGGGCAGUUCCCUGGGUACCAGAAUCAUCGGAAUUGCUAGUUAGUCAGUUGACAAAUAUUAUUGCUUUGACACAAGAUUUAAUGCUACUGGAGAACCAAAUUCCAUAUAAUAUUCUGCAACAGCUUUUCGACUUAAUACCAAUUGCAAGGAGAAUAACAGAUGCAAGUGGUCAAGUUUUGUCCCUUCAAGAGCUAGCCUUUGCCUUUUUUCAUGCGUUUACGGAUCAUUUGUGUUAUAAUAUUUCACCGCUUAAGAUACCCAUUCAGGAUGCCACCUUUACUCAUUUACUAGAUAUGUUGUACCAAAUUUGUAGCUCCGCUUCUGAGAUAUCAUCACCCUUGGAAGAGGAAGAUUGGACAAGGCUGAAGUGGGGAUCGAAAAGCUGUGCGGCAGAACUUAUAAAAUCUGGUUUUCGAAUUUCUUUACAUCCCUCUAGGGCGAGCAUGGUGGACAUAAAAUUUAAGGAAGGGGAAAUUUUUCUUCCAAGUUUCGUUAAUGAUGACUUUACUAGCCCGUUAUUUAGAAAUCUCAUUGCUUUGGAGCAGAGCAGAAAUGGCAGACAAGUUAUUAUUUCAUAUAUAUUUUUUAUGACAAGUUUGCUCCGUUCUGAAGAAGACCUAAAUAUACUUGACGGGGCAGGUACAAUACUGAAUUUUCAUAAAGGUACGUUUAUCCCAACUUAUAUCCAAGGAUUGCUCAUAGGAAAUUCACCCGAGGACUUCGUAUUUAGAGAUUUAUGCAUGUGAGGAGCUUAAUAAUUAUAAAGUAUCUUGGUGGAGGUGGCGCAGAGUGAAGGGAUAUACCACUGUGACUUGGUUUAGAUGGAAAGCGUCUGUCAAGGAUUUGAAACGAGAUUAUUUCAAAAAUAGGUGGAGUUAUUUAACAUUCUUAGCUGCAUCUUUUGUCAUUCUCCUCACGGUUGCUCAGACUUUUUAUACUAUUCGUGCUUAUUAUCCUCCCUACCACUAAAAGUGUUUUAACCUUUUAUCUGGGCUAUUUUCUUUAGUUAAGUACUUCA